CUAUCUCUUACCUCUUACCUCGACUCAACGUCCGGUAAUAAUUCGUUAUUGUUUCCACAAUCUUCUUCCUCUCUCAAGCAUAUAUCUUGCAAUGAGAGAAUAUCAUGGCUUCUCUUGGUGGUAACAUGUUACCUCCACAAAUGGAUUCCAAAAUUGUCUAUGCUGGUAUUGCUGGCGUCGUUUGUUUUGCAAUUGGCCUAUCUCGGGUCUUUGCAGACAAGAGCGAGAACGAUCAAGACGAAACGCCAGGUCUCGUCAAGUCUCUGUUGUUGUUCGCCUACUCUUGCUUCCUAAAGCCUCAUGAGGGUGACAGCAAGGGCAACCAGCAGGAUGCCCUUGAGUCCUUCUAUAAGAAGCAGGCGGGCAUUUAUGACAGCACGAGAAGCGCUCUUCUGAGAGGCCGUGAGGAUAUGCUGGCACUGGUAGCUGCCCAGCUGGAGUUCAAAGCCAAGAAGAGCGCCACAUCCAAGGGAAAGAAGGAGGCCGUCGUCAAGAGGGUCUGGGUUGAUGUGGGCGGGGGCACUGGGUUCAAUAUUGAGGCUAUGAACCAGUUUGUCAACGUGCCCGAGUUCUUCUCCAGCGUCUACCUGGUCGAUUUCUCUCCUUCUCUAUGCGAGGUUGCCCGCAAGCGUUUCGCUCGACUGGGCUGGAAAAACGUCCAGGUCAUCUGCGAGGAUGCAAGAAAGUUCAAGCUGGAGGAUUAUGAGAAUGAUCUUCGGGGACUCCAGUCACCACCCGUCCGGAGUCCCAGUCACUAUUUUUCUGACAAGCGUCCUGAGCAUGGCGGCGCUGAUCUGAUCACCAUGUCGUACAGUUUGUCUAUGAUUCCUGACUACUAUUCUGUCAUCGACUCCUUGACAUGUCUGCUUUCGCCCGACGGGGUGAUGGGGGUGGUUGACUUUUAUGUGCAGUCCAAAGUCGACGUCAACUUCCGAAAUUACACGGGCGGUCUUGUCAACCGCCACGUCAACUUUCUCGGGCGCACGUUCUGGAGGGCCUGGUUCGACAUCGACAGGGUUGGUCUCGAGCCCAGCCGCCGUGAUUAUCUCGAAUAUCGAUUCGGCACGCUUCUGGGCGCCAACUUCCGCAACAACAUGCUGGGCGCGAUCCCCUACUACGUCUGGUUGGGCUGCCACAAGAAGCCGUUUGCCUCGUCCAGCCUGCCUCAGGAAAUUGUCGAGUAUGUGGACGCGCUGGUGACCGAGUCGCCAUAUCUGCUGCCUGCCAACGCCCCGAAUGCCCUGACCCGAGCAGUGCAGAGGACGGCGCCCGAGAUACGGUCCAAGGCCUUUGAUGCUGCCGUGGGAAAUCUCGCCUCGAAUCUUCCCCUGCCGGCCUUCUUCUACCAGAACCAUCACUGGCGCAUCUACUACGACGAGCGGCUCAAGAAGCACACGCAAUUCAAUGAUGAGUAUAUCUACGCCUUCACAUGGGAGGACUCCCGCACCGAUGCCCGGAUCCUCAACCUCAAGUCCGACGAUGUCGUCCUGGCCAUCUGCAGCGCAGGGGACAACAUCCUCUCGUACGUGAUGCAGGGUCCUGCUCGCGUCCACGCCGUCGACCUGAACCCCACGCAGUGCCACCUCCUGGAACUCAAGGUGGCCGCCUACAACGCACUGCCCUACGAGGACUUCUGGAAGAUCUUUGGCGAGGGAAAACACACCGAGUUCCGCCAGCUGCUCGUCUCGAAGCUCUCCCCUCACCUGUCCAGCCGCGCGUUCCAGUACUGGCUCAGUAACGCGCACAUCUUCACCAGCGCGCGAGGCCGCGGGCUGUAUGACACAGGCGGCUCCAAGCACGCCAUCAGGGUGAUGCGCUGGAUAGCACGUGUCUUUGGCCUCCAGCGCGCCGUCGCAGCCCUCUUGGAAGCCAAGACGCUCAACGAGCAGCGCGAGGUCUGGCGCUCGUCCAUCCGGCCCGCGCUCCUCUCCACCGCCGUCAACCGCCUCGUCGUCUCCCAGGAGGCCUUCCUCUGGGCGGCCCUCGGCGUGCCCAAGAACCAGCUCGCCAUGAUCGAGGCGGACCACGCAGCGCGCGGCGGCGACAGGGGCCGCACCACCCGCUCCCAGGCCGUCUGGAACUACAUGGUCGACACGCUGGACCCGGUGGCCGAGGGCACCCACAUCGCGGCCGACAACCCCUACUACCACGUCUGUCUCGCCGGCAGGUUCUCGCGCAGGUGUCACCCAGAGUACCUCGCCCCGCAGGCCCACGCGCGCCUGUCCCGGCCCGGCGCCCUGGACGGCCUGCGCAUCCACACGGACGAGCUGGACGAGGUCAUCGCGCGCAUCAUGCCAGGCACCCUGACGGUCGCGGUCGUCAUGGACUCGAUGGACUGGUUUGACCCGCAGGGCCCGGGAGCCGCCGCCCAGGUGCGCAAGCUGAACCGGGCGCUCAAGAUGGGCGGGCGCGUCAUGCUGCGCAGCGCGGCGCUGACGCCUUGGUAUGUCAAGGUGUUUGAGCAGUCGGGGUUCUCGGCCAAGAGGCAUGGGGAGAGGCUGCCUGGGGUAUGUAUUGACCGCGUCAAUAUGUACGCCAGCUGCUGGGUUUUGAGCAAGACGUCUCAUCUGCCGCCUCCCACGCCGGAUCUGGAUGGGGCUGUGGGGGCGGAAAUGGACAGCCUUGUGAUCUGAGAGUGUUUUGUCACGCCUUUUUCAAAAAAAAUUUUUUAUGUUAUUGAAACGCCUUUGACUGUCUUUUGGUGCUAGUUACGAGAAAGAUAGGGUGGGUGUCAUUGAGGUAUUACACACAGAAACCAAAACAGUGGUCCGAAUUAGUAUACAACCUGCCGAGGGUUUUACCUUUGA